CCGGCAACAGCGGCAGCCCGGCGCAGUGCAGCCCAUCCCGGGACACUCGACCGUGGCAGGCGGAGACCGAGUAGGUCCCGCGGGGUACAGGAGCCCCAGAUCCCCGGCUGCUCUUCGCGCCCCAGGAUCAGUCUUGGCCCCCAAAGCGCGGCAUACAAAUCCACAUAAUCUGAACGCAAUGGAUGCUGACGAGGGUCAAGACAUGUCCCAAGUUUCAGGGAAGGAGAGCCCCCCAGUCAGUGACACUCCCGAUGAAGGGGAUGAACCCAUGCCUGUCCCCGAAGACCUCUCCACCACCUCUGGUGCACAGCAGAACUCCAAGAGUGAGCGAGGCAUGGUUGCAUAUGGGGCUGAUGGCUUUAGGGACUUUCAUGCAAUAAUACCCAAAUCUUUCUCCCCCAGUAAUGUUAAAGUAGAGACUCAGAGUGAUGAAGAGAAUGGGCGUGCCUGUGAAAUGAAUGGGGAAGAAUGUGCAGAGGAUUUACGAAUGCUUGAUGCCUCAGGAGAGAAAAUGAAUGGCUCCCACAGGGACCAAGGCAGCUCGGCGCUGUCGGGAGUUGGAGGCAUUCGACUUCCUAACGGCAAACUAAAGUGUGAUAUCUGUGGGAUCAUUUGCAUCGGGCCCAAUGUGCUCAUGGUUCACAAAAGAAGUCAUACUGGUGAGCGACCCUUCCAGUGUAACCAGUGCGGGGCCUCCUUCACCCAGAAGGGCAACCUGCUGCGCCACAUCAAGCUGCACUCGGGCGAGAAGCCUUUCAAGUGCCACCUCUGCAACUAUGCCUGUCGCCGCAGGGAUGCCCUCACCGGCCACCUGAGGACACACUCUGUUGGUAAGCCUCACAAAUGUGGAUAUUGUGGCCGGAGCUAUAAACAGCGAAGCUCUUUAGAGGAGCAUAAAGAGCGUUGCCACAACUACUUGGAAAGCAUGGGCCUUCCGGGCACGAUGUACCCAGUCAUUAAGGAAGAAACUAACCACAGUGAGAUGGCGGAGGACCUGUGCAAGAUAGGAGCAGAGAGGUCCCUUGUUCUGGACAGACUGGCAAGCAACGUCGCCAAACGUAAGAGCUCUAUGCCUCAGAAAUUUCUUGGAGACAAGUGUCUGUCAGACAUGCCCUAUGACAGUGCCAGCUAUGAGAAGGACGGGCUGAUGACAUCUCACGUGAUGGACGAAGCCAUCAACAACGCCAUCACCUAUCUGGGGGCUGAGUCCCUGCGCCCGCUGGUGCAGACACCUCCCGGAAGCUCCGAGGUGGGGCCGGUCAUCAACUCCAUGUACCAGCUGCACAAGCCCCCCGCAGACGGUCCCCCACGGCCCAACCACUCGGCGCAGGAUAGCGCCGUGGAGAACUUGCUGCUGCUGUCCAAGGCCAAGUCUGUGUCAUCGGAGCGGGAGGCCUCCCCGAGCAACAGCUGCCAAGACUCCACGGACACCGAGAGCAACGCUGAGGAGCAGCGAGGCGGCCUCAUCUACCUGACCAACCACAUCACCCCGCAUGUGCGCAAUGGGCUGGCCCUCAAGGAGGAGCAGCGUGCCUAUGAGGUGCUGAGGGCAGCCUCAGAGAACUCGCAGGAUGCCUUCCGCGUGAUCAGCACGAGUGGCGAGCAGCUGAAGGUGUACAAGUGUGAACACUGCCGCGUGCUCUUCCUGGAUCACGUCAUGUACACCAUCCACAUGGGCUGCCAUGGCUUCCGGGAUCCUUUUGAGUGUAACAUGUGUGGUUAUCACAGCCAGGACAGGUACGAGUUCUCAUCCCAUAUCACACGGGGGGAACAUCGCUACCACCUGAACUAAACCCGGCCAGGCCUCACAGAAGCACAAAGAUAGCUGCCUAUGCCUCCCUCCUGGCAGCUGAACCCACAGCGGACAAUGUUGGGUGUGGAUUUGCAGGCAGCAUUUGUUCCUUUAAGUUGGUUGUUUGGGAUUUGAUUUGUGUUAGAAGACAAGUUUUUAAUGUUAGAGACAGGAUUGCAUUGCAUUGGGAGCAUUCAGAACAUCCACCCUUCUAGACGGUUUUGUUGACUGCCAGCUGAGAUUUCCCUGACCAGUGGCUUUCUGACCCACUCCAACACCACCCGACAGAGCCUGAAUUUUCAGAGAAUUGAAUAAGAGAAUUAUCCAAGAAGGAGCAAAGAGAACCUUUCCUUAAGCAAAGUUUAUGCCCCAUGGAUUCUCCAAAUCUUCCUAAAACAUUAUAGCCACUGGUUUGGGGCCAUUUCAGGGAGCUCCACAGGUGAGCCACAGGACCAGAUAGCUAUAAGGCAGCUGGGGAGGAGCAAGGACACAGUCUGUGUGGAGGCCAGGGCCGAAGGUUGAUCUUUUAAAGAUGCUAUUAAGUCACAUAAUGAAUGGGAACAUGGCGUCUGGACAAGUGUCUAGGAUUCAUCUGGGCAAGAAGGGAAGGGGAUUGGAGAGCCUUGUAGACUCCUCUUCGUUGGCCUGGUCACACCCAGCCUCUGGGGGCUUGUCGCCCAGUGAGAUGGGCUCAAACUCCUGUGGGCAUUUUGGGGGUAGCCCUAUCCCCAAAGCUCAUUACUGCAUUUUAGACCCCAGUCCCGAAACUGAGACCUUGCUUUAAACUUCUUGCUCUGUAAGAUCCCUCCGAAGCCAAAGCUUUCUUCUAAGCCCCACGCUCAGUUGUCUGGGCUUCUUUUCUUCCCUGGACUGUCUGGACCUGGGAUCAGAACCUAGCCCAACAAAGUCCAACCCCAUCACUUCGUUCCAGCUGAAUCCCUGUUCUGAUUAUAGCUAUGGACCUGGCUAUCUUAGUCUGAUAACCACCUUUCCCUGCUCACACUGUGUGUUAUUUUUGUUUGAAAGCCUAUCAAACCACUAUUCAGAAUGACCAUUUUUAGGAAAUAUAUGAGCCCAGCAUCUCAAUGGCUGAAGCACAUAAUAUUCUUGCUGUUAAACAAAAAUUCUAAAUGAUCUGAAACUCUUCAGCAUAAACACCAAAUACCACGUGUUUUCACAUAAGCAGGACAGGAACCAUGCACCCUUGACCAGGUAAAGGUAUUAGGAUAUUGGAAUGUCUGGGGCCACGGUGUGACCCGUUCAGGUUCCCAGAGAGGAAUGCCCACCAGAUAUCACAGGAAAGAGGCAUGUGAGGUGGUAGAGGUGAGAUCUGGUCCAGGCAGACCAAGACAGGGAUGCCACACUGAAACCAAGUCAGGUAGCUGGAGGUUCUCAACAGGACAGGCCUCUCUUAAGAGUCAGUAUUAGGACCAUUACCCUCCACCACCUCAAUGAAAUGAAAAGUAUAUAAUUGUCAAUGUUUACAGCACUGUCUUCAUAGGAACUCUCUGAGGGGUUUCCAAAGAACUGGAGGGGGGAUUGUCUAUAGCAGCACUGGGGUUAAAGCACGGGUUCUUAGUCGUAGCCCUCCUGAUGCAGGGGGCUUGUCAUCGCUGCUGGUGACUGUUCUGUGAAUUGUGGCUUCCCUAGCAGGAUUCCCUCGUCACUGCCCAGUAGAUGCCAGUAGCAUCCUAGCUGAUACCCAAAACUGUCUCCCAGGUGUUCCCUGGGGGCACAUCACUGAUCUAAAUUUUAAGCUGGUGGAAAGUGUGGGAAACUUUCCACAAAUAAGAAGCACUUGAAGCCUGUCCCAGUCAGCAGCCUCAAGCUGAACUGAUUCUUUGGGAAGUGGAUGAAUUCCGUAUGCGCAUUUGAGAAUACACUUCCUCAAAUGCUUCUGAGUUCAGUUUCAGGAAUGAAGUUCGCGGACGUGGCACUCUUCAGUGUGGAUUUCUCUGCUUCCAGAACAAUGUGGCAUUUUGAAAGUAAAGAUGAAAUUGCGACUGUAAUGAUUUACACUGAGUAAAGGGAGAAUUUGAGGAACUGGGAGCUGUGAGCGACUUUUGUUCAGUAUGCAGUUACGGAGAAAGGCUGGCCUUACCCAAAUUCAUAUAGUCCAGGUGACAGCCUUCCAAGCCUCCAGUUUGCUGGCAGCUCCUGUUCACUCUUGUCCUUAUCUGUGAGAGCCUCAGGGUCAGCUGGUCCAAGGAAGAUGGCUCCAACCCUCACCCCUACCCCUGCCGCUGGCAUUCAGAGGUUAAAGCAGGAUUGUAAAUAGUGGCUUCAGGAGCUGUGUUCUAGAAUGCUUCACCCCUUGCUCUCACUGCCUUUUUUUUUUUUAGCUGAUAUGUCUGUUUGCACACCUUUUGUUGUGGUUUUAUAUUGUAACAGCAUUUUUUGAAACUAUUGUAUUUAAGAUAAGGUUUCAUAUUAUGUCCACAAGUAAUUAAAUUAUGUUUGAAGGUGGCUAUAUUCUGUAUCAAAAGUUGAUGGUAUUUUUCUUUAGUUGGUAAAGUAGGGUUUUGCAUGACCUCACGUUUCGUUCUGUGGUUUGUUCUGCUGUAUGAUGUGUGUCUUUGGUGUCGCCCUGUGAUGAAGUGUGCCGAGAUUACACGCCCUCAUGUUGUCUUUUAAGAGGAGCUGUCAGAGGCAGGAGGGUUCCUAAGAGCAGGCUGACCUGUUAGUGAGAGCUAGAAGUCACCAUUUCACCUUCCAUCUCCUCCCUGUUACCCCAGCUUCCUGUCCCAGGUCCCUUCUGUGCUUCAUACCUUAGUGUGUGGGUGUCCUGAUGAGAGCCAGGAGCAUCGCUAUGUUACCAUUGCAUUGUCCCAGCACCACUGGCUUCAGAUAACAGCACGUUCUGUUUCCAGUUUAGAAUGGACCACAUAAUAAAAUGUUAGAGUCUUUAUUGAGAAGCAGAGGCGCUCGUCAUGGCGAUGGGGACUUUGUUUUAUGCACGUGUCUUAUUUUGUGCUGUUUUCUUCCUUCGCUUGCUCUUGAGUGCAUUGUGACUCUCGUAACAUCAUCUUGCCAAAAACAAACUUGAGAUGAACUGGGUUUAUGUAGACAUAUCAUGAUGUAUCAUCUACUCCUCUCUUCUUCAGUUCCAGCAAUAAGAAUGGAUAAACUCUAAAUCCCAGAUCUCCCACAUUUAACACCCAUGGUUUUUUUUGUUUGUUUGUUUGUUUUUAACCUUAAAGUGAGCCACAGUUAGACUUGAGAUGUACGGGCAUCAACCAACAAGAAGCACAUGCACAUCUGGUGCUACAACACGCACUGUGAAUAACGUGACCAGAUGUUAAUAUGCAAUAUUGUUUCAAGUCCUUUCUAAUACACUUUUUUAUAAUGGUG